AUGAAUAUUACUGAUGGUGUUUAUCUAACACAGAAAAAAGUCGUAUCAACUUCGUCAGAAACCAGUCCAAAAUCUUUGAAUACACCCCACAUAAAUUCAAAUUUAUUGGAUGAUCUCGGAAAAGAUAAUUUGGAUAACAACGAUGAUGUACGACUAGAGACAAACUCCAUCAAAACAUUAACAGAGACUGAAGAGAUGCUUAAUGUUCGUGAUCGUCGCAUCGAGUCCAACUCUUCAGACAAUCUCUCAGAUCGAUCAUCAACAGAAAAAUCAUCAUUGAAUACAGCACGAGAUAUUUUGGCUCGACGACAUGCUCUUGAUUCAAUCGAAAAACAUGAUCUCCGAGUAUAUGUUCGCCAACGAAGAAAUAGUAUUGUUCAACAUGUUAUUGGUUACAAUUAUGAUGAUAAUUCACUUGUCGGUGGUCUUUAUACUCGCGUAGGCAUUGGGAAAUUCGUCGAAGGUACUGUUCAUGCAUUGUUUAUUCUACUUGCAUUGCGCAAACGUUUAAAACGAACACCUAAACCCGAAUAUCCAGCACGUGAAAUGAUUACUCUGUUGGUCAUACUUGAUCUGAGUCUUUGGUUUGAAAAGACAACAACAACAACAAAACAUGAAGCAAAUCCAUUUCAACUAGCCUUUUACCAUGUCAUUCCAUGGUCGAUCAUUGCCGCAAUAGCUACACCACUUCAAAUUUUCUUUCGAUUUCAUGCAUCUGUCUGCCUCUCACAUGUGUGGGCUAAUAUGUACCACUUGCCAUCAUAUCAACCAAUACCUUCUCGUUCUUUCUGA